AUGACACAGGAGUACGACAACAAACGGCCAGUGUUGGUUCUUCAGAAUGAAGCACUUUAUUCACAGCGGCGUUCCUAUACUAGUGAGGAUGAAGCCUGGAAGUCUUUCCUGGAAAACCCGCUCACUGCAGCAACCAAAGCGAUGAUGAGUAUCAAUGGCGAUGAGGACAGUGCUGCCGCGCUGGGCUUGCUCUAUGACUACUACAAGGUUCCGAGAGAGAGAAGGUCAUCAGCAGCAAAGGCAGAUGUUGAGCACCCUGAGCCGGACCAUAGCAAAAGAAACAUAGCAAACGUGACGGAGCAGCCCCUCAUCUCUGCCGGCGAAAACAGGGUGCAGGUGCUGAAGAACGUGCCCUUCAACAUCGUCCUCCCCCACGGCAACCAGCUGGGCAUCGACAAGAGAGGACAUCCGGCAGCCCCCGACACCACGGUCACCGUCUCCAUCGCGGCGGUGCCCACCCACUGCAUCAAGACGGAAAGCCAGCCCCACGGCUUCGCUGUGGGCGUCCCCCCAGCAGUGUAUCACCCCGAGCCCACGGAGCGUGUGGUGGUUUUCGACCGGAACCUGAACGCUGACCAGUUUGGCUCCGGCACUCAACCCCCAAACGCGCAAAGGCGCACUCCAGACUCUACCUUCUCGGAGACCUUCAAGGAAGGCGUCCAGGAGGUUUUCUUCCCCUCGGAUCUCAGUCUGCGGAUGCCUGGCAUGAAUUCAGAGGACUAUGUUUUUGACAGUGUUUCUGGGAACAACUUUGAAUACACCCUGGAAGCCUCCAAAUCGCUCCGACAGAAGCCGGGAGACAGCACCAUGACGUACCUGAACAAAGGCCAGUUCUACCCCGUCACACUGAAGGAAGUGAGCGGCAGCGAGGGCGUCCACCACCCCAUCAGCAAAGUCCGAAGUGUGAUCAUGGUGGUUUUUGCUGAGGAUAAGAGCAGAGAAGACCAGCUGAGGCACUGGAAAUAUUGGCACUCGCGGCAGCACACGGCAAAACAAAGGUGUAUUGACAUAGCUGACUACAAAGAAAGCUUCAACACCAUCAGCAACAUUGAGGAGAUCGCUUAUAAUGCCAUUUCUUUCACUUGGGACAUUAACGAUGAAGCAAAGGUUUUCAUCUCUGUGAACUGCUUGAGCACAGACUUCUCUUCUCAGAAGGGUGUGAAGGGGUUGCCUCUGAACAUCCAAAUUGACACCUACAGUUAUAACAACCGCAGCAACAAGCCUGUGCAUCGGGCAUACUGCCAGAUAAAGGUCUUCUGUGACAAGGGAGCUGAACGGAAGAUCAGAGAUGAAGAACGAAAACAAAGCAAAAGAAAAGGCAAGUGCACUGACCCCAGCUCCCAGUUGAACGCCUUUUCCGACGUCAAAGUGCCGCUUCUUCCAUCUCACAAGCGCAUGGACAUCACGGUUUUCAAGCCCUUCAUUGAUCUCGACACCCAGCCUGUCCUCUUCAUCCCCGAUGUGCACUUUGCCAGUCUUCAGCGGGGUGCUCACGUCCUUCCCAUUGCCUCAGAAGAACUGGAGGGUGAAGGGUCCAGCCUGAAGAGGGGGCCGUACAGCUCGGAAGACGACUUUGUGAUCCCGCCUCCUGCUAAGCUGACCCGGGUAGAAGAACCAAAGAGAGUGCUUCUCUAUGUGCGGAAGGAGUCAGAAGAAGUCUUCGAUGCCCUGAUGCUCAAGACUCCAUCCUUGAAAGGCCUGAUGGAAGCUAUCUCUGACAAAUACGAUGUUCCCCAAGAAAAGAUUGGGAAAAUCUUCAAGAAAUGUAAAAAAGGGAUCCUGGUGAACAUGGACGACAAUAUCGUGAAGCAUUAUUCCAACGAAGACACCUUCCAGCUGCAGAUGGAAGAGUCUGGGGGAUCGUUCAAGCUCACCCUCACUGAGAUCUGA